AUGGGGCAGAAGAUCGUGGAGAGCUUGUCCUCGUUCCUCUUUGAAUAUGACACCCCCCGGAUGGUACUGGUGCGCAAUAAAAAGGUGGGACUUACCUUCCGGCUGAUCCAACUGGUAGUCCUGGCGUACAUUAUAGGGUGGGUUUUCCUCUACGAGAAGGGCUACCAGUCCCGGGACGGUAUCAUCAGCUCCGUCUCUGUGAAGCUCAAAGGGUUGACUCUUACAAAUGUCAGCGGGAUGGGCCCACACAUCUGGGAUGGCACCGAUUAUGUUUUCCCACCUCAGGGAGACAGUUCCUUUGUGGUUAUGACCAAUUUCAUCAUCACUCAAGGGCAGAAACAGGGAUGGUGCCCCGAGAAUCCCGAAACUGGGGAGUGUGAUGAGGACAGUAAAUGUACUCAGGGGAAAUACGUUCGCGGAGGUACAGGUAUGAUGACUGGGAAGUGUGUGAAUUUUAGCAACACCGUAAAGACCUGUGAAAUCUUUGGCUGGUGCCCAGUAGAGAUUGACGACUUUGUUCCUAACCCGCCUCUGCUCCUAGAAGCAGAAAACUUCACCUUAUUUAUCAAGAACAGUAUUACUUUCCCCAAGUUCAAAGUCUCCAGACGCAACCUCGUGGAGAGAGUCACCAAGCAGUACCUCAGGAACUGCACCUAUCACAAAGUCCGAGAUCCGUUGUGCCCUGUGUUCGAAUUGGGAUAUAUUGUGGAGGAGUCUGGACAAGCAUUUUCUACUUUGGCUCAGAAGGGUGGGGUCGUUGGCAUCACGAUCAGCUGGGAUUGUGACCUUGACUGGCCCGUGAAGCACUGUAUCCCCGUUUACAAUUUCCAUGGACUGUAUAAUGAUAAUAACCUCUCUCCUGGCUUCAACUUCAGAUAUGCCAAAUAUUACCGAGAAAAUGGGAGUGACGUAAGGACCCUGUACAAGGUGUUUGGAAUCCGCUUUGAUAUCCUGGUCAAUGGAAAGGCAGGAAAAUUUGACAUUAUUCCGACUAUGACCACCAUAGGCUCUGGGAUCGGCAUCUUCGGGGUGGCUUCCGUCCUCUGCGACCUGCUUCUGUUGCAUUUCCUGCCCAAGCGCGACUACUACAAGCAGAAGAAGUUCAAGUAUGCGGAGCCGGACUCCCUCAAAGCGGUCAGUAGUCACUCAGCACUAAGCGAAAAGAAGAGGCCGUCAGUUCCUCCAUGUGCAACUUGCAAGGGCAGGAAAAUGCUUCUCAAUGAAAGAGUUCGACAGUUUCCCCUUUGCAACUUCGGCCGCCGCCGCUGCUCGCGAGCGAACCAGCCGGCCGAGCGGCGGCUGGCCAAUGGCGAGGCCGGCGCGGGCAGCCAGUUACGCGGGCCAAUGAGGAGGCGCGGAGCGGCCGCGCCGCCCGCCAAUCGCGCCGCCCGCCGCAAGCCCGCCCAGGAGAUACGGUCGCCGCCCGCGGAUUGGAGGGAUCGCCUGGGGACUGGGUCCGCGGCUCCCGGCCGGCGGCGGCGCGUCGGGAAGCGCAAAGGGGCUGCGGAGAGGGCGCAGCGCGGCGGCUGCGGCUACGGCUACGCAGGGCUCUUCCUUGGGCUGGAGAGCUCCCGCGCACAACAAGCUGUGUGA